AUGUUUUGUAGCGGUCGCGUUAUCGACAAACGAAAAAGUUUGUUAAAAAAGGGCAAAACGUGCAGGAUAAAAAAAAACUUCCUUUUCAUUAUUUUCAUUCGAAAUAUUAGUCGCCAUAUCGCUAUGAUCGAAUUACGUGGAAGGGAAAUGAACCGCUUUCAAGUCUUCAUUUUGGUGACAACACUAAAAUUAUCUGUUUAUGCCGAUCGGCAUCCAUGUGACCGGCCAUGCGAAUCACCGACUGCUCCUAAAGUAUGCAACUACCAGUUCAAUGUGGAAUGGUAUUAUACAAUGUCAAAGGCAUGUUACGACUGCCCAUUCGUUGCUUCAGAUUGCUUGAGGCCACACUGCGUCGCAGCUGAUGGAAUACCUCGGCCUGUUAUAACAGUCAACAGGACUCUUCCUGGACCAUCUAUUCGGGUUUGUCACAAUGACACUGUUCGCGUUCAAGUUGUUAACAACCUCGAUGACGACGAAGGAGUUGUAAUACACUGGCACGGUCUUCACGUAAGAGACUCUCCCCACAUGGACGGAGUACCCAUGAUAACCCAAUGUCCGAUUCCUGCCAAAACAUCGUUUACGUACGAAUUUCGUGCCGAUCCGCCAGGCACACACUUCUGGCAUUCUCAUGCUGGAUUACAAACUUCUGAUGGAUUGGCAGGUCCUAUUGUUGUCAAUCGCCCUGAACAGGAUGAUCCGCAUCGAGAUUUAUAUGACGUUGAUUCUGAAGAAUACAUGAUUUUCGCAUUCGACUGGCUACAUCAACUGACUUUAACGAAAUUUCUUGCUAGUCACCAUUCUACUGGAAGUAACAAAGGAGAAAAUGUUUUGAUAAACGGAAAAGGUAUAUCUAAGGAAUUUGUGGAUGCAACCGACAACUCCACCUACUUUACACCGAGAGAAGUUUUUAAUGUAGAACAAAAUAAGCGAUACAGAUUUAGAACAAUAAGCAACUCAGUAAUUUUCAGUCCAUAUGAGAUUACAAUUGAUGGGCAUGAACUCAACAUAAUUGCAUCAGAUGGAGCUGACAUCGAACCCUACUUAGUUACGUCCUUGGUUAUUAAUGGAGGAGAACGAUUUGACUUUGUUGUCAACGCUUCUCAAAAUAUCUCAAACUACUGGAUAAGAAUUCAAGGAUUGGCCGAUCGCCCGGAACAAGCUCUCAGAGCAAUUUUAAGGUACCAAGGUGCAGCUAUCGAGGACCCAGUGAUGUCAUCGUAUUCAACAGACACAAGGAAGUUGCAACUCAAUCCCUUGAAUAUAGCUGAAAACGAAAAUUAUACGCAAGUUUCGUCGCUUAAACGGGCAUAUUCUAAUGCUUAUCCUGCAAACGAACGAUACGCGGGGCAACCCGACCAAACACACUUCAUUGGAUUUGAUUUCAAUAAAUUCAAUAAUCCAAUCUUUAAUCAUCCUGAUUUUUAUCCUAUCGAUAAGGUUUCGCAAAUAACCUAUACACCUCAGUUCAACAACAUAACUUUUGCCUUUCCAAAAUACCCGAUGCAGACACAAUAUGACCAAAUAGACACCACCCAAAACUGUAACCCCGAAUCCGAAGGGUGGAGCCGUACUCAAUUUUGCCAGGGUGAUUUCUGUACGUGCACUUAUGUGAUUGAAGUAAAAGUCGGUAACCUUGUGGAAUUGGUAUUUUAUGAUGAAGGACGCCCAUUUGAUGCGGGUCAUCCUAUGCAUUUGCAUGGGCAGCAUUUUGCUGUUGUGGCAAUGAAAAAAAUCGGAGCAUUCAUCUCUACAGAAGAAAUUAAAGAACUACAUAACAAUGGAAGCAUUGAGUACAACUUUGAUGGUAUUUUGAAGGACACAGUUAUUGUUCCCGACGGUGGUUACACAGUAGUUCGCUUCUUGGCCGAUAAUCCGGGGAUCUGGUUUUUUCAUUGCCACCUUUUGUUUCACGCUCAAGCCGGUAUGGAAUUGGCAUUCAAAGUUGGAGACCCAGAAGACUGGGUGAAGCCCCCGAAUGAUUUUCCGAAAUGCGGUCCUUGGACAGAAAAAAUGAGUUCAGCUGCCACCAACUUGACUUCGUCGUCUAUCUUCAUUGUAUUACUCAUUCAUUUUUUUCUGUUUUAUUAGUAGUUUCCGAAAUCACAAAAGUAAAUUUAUUCGUCGCAUAUAGUAAUACUAUACCACUUUUGAGACUAGAGGGCAUUUUUAUACCGUAUCUAAAACGUGAAUUUUGUCAUUAUACACUAACUUUUAGUUUAAUUAAUUAAUUAAAUUAAUUUUUAUUAAUAUACUUUAUACAGUUAUCAUUUGCUUAUGAUUCUCAAUUCCAAGGAAAGUGUGGCGUUUAUAAGACAUUUCAUGAACUGUAAUCAUCCUUCAA